AUGCCCAUGCCUGAUAACGAAAAUUUGAAUAAAAUGAUUAAUGAGACAAAGGCUUGGUUCACAGUUAUAGCAUGGCUUGAUCCAAAUAAGACAAAUAUUGGAGAUAAAACAGAGGCACCUUCAGAGGUUAAUGACUCUCUAGAAAUUCUCCGACAUACUCCAUUGGCAAAACGACUCUUGGAAUGGUAUCUUGCUGCAGUUUGUCGGCAUUUUUCAGAAACUUCUGAAACGAAAUUAAAACAAUGGCGUGAAGCAUGGAAAUUACAAGAAGAGAUCACAACUCCUUAUUCUGAAAUAUUAGAAAAUUGGGUUAGUAAAUCUUACGAGGAAAUUAUUCACGAUAUCUAUUCGCAUUUCAAGAAAUGCGAAAAUUCAUUAUUUCUUAUUCAUGCUAGUGGUGACUCCAAACCAUUUUCUGCUGUACCUUCAUUGUUUAAAGACAUGUCCAAAGUAUUGUUUCGCGCCCAUUUUCAAAAAUUUAAUAAUAUCAUGGAAUUAUGUCAACUUGAAAACGGACAAUCAGUUUUGCAAAAGGCCAAGCAUCCAAUUGAAAAAUUUGAAUCCGAUCUUUUUGCAUGGAAAACAUUAGACAAUAUAAGUGUCAUUUUUUCCAGACAAGAAAAUGAUUCUUUUAAUAGUGAAACUAGCAAUUCAGUAGCGAUGGAUCUCGAUGACAUGGACGUUUUAAUUGAAAAAGUAGAUAUAUCGCAAAACAAUAUAGAUCCAGGCUUGGUUGAAGACUUAAACAAAGAAAUAUCGGCUUUUUCACAGUUAUAUAAUGAAAUGGUUACUUUAGAUUUAAUACAGCGUACUAAAGAUACAUUGGAAGAAACUUUAUGUGAACAGAUUGAACUUAGGAUUUUAAAUACCUGCAAAGGCACAUUCAACAAGCCAAUGCUUCGCUCUUCAUCGAAAUGGUUGUAUUCGGUUGUUUACCAUUGGUUACGAAUUGUUCUAUCGUCAGAUCCCCAAACCUCAGCUGAUUCGAUCGAAGAUGCAUUAGUUACAUGGUCAAAACGGUUAAAUUACCAUUUUUGCAUGAUGUUUUGCGAUUUACGGAUUUCGGAAUUAUUCGACGUCAUCGUCGACUUCCCUGAAUCAAAAUCCGCAAUUAAUGAUUUAAUUAUUUGUAUGAGACGGUUGGAUACAGAUUAUAGACAUCGCCUUGUUCAAUCAUUAUAUUCGGCGAAAAGAUUACUUAUUCCUGGUGCUGGCACAAAUGACAUAAUCAUUACUUAUAUAUCAACUGUUAAAUGUUUGAGAUUAUUGGAUCCUUCUGGUGUGCUAUUAGAAAAAAUUACCGGGCCGAUUCGGAAUUACUUGCGUACACGUGAAGAUGCCGCGCGAUUUUUGGUAAACAGUUGGAUGGACGAUGAAAGUAAUAAUGAAUUGGUUGAGGAGCUUGGACAUACGGAAAAUCCUAUUGAAGAUCUCGAUGAUUAUGGUGUCUCUGAUGAUAAUUGGGUGCCUGAUCCAAUGGACGCUGGCCCUGACUACAAAUCAUCAAUGUAUCGUUCGGCUGAUAUCACUAAUUUACUCGUGAGUCUCUUCGACACUACGGAUGUGAUUACAGAAGAAAUCCAAAAUCAGAUGGCUUCUUGUUUAUUAUCUAAAUUGGAUUAUGAUACAGGAAGAGAGUUACGUUUUGGGGAGGCAAAAAUGGCGCCCACAGAGGUUAUGAUUAAAGAUGUCGCUGAUUCUAAAAGGAUUGACACCAAUAUAUAUAAUGAAGUAUCUAUAUCCAAGGCAGUCGGAUUGGAAAAUGUUAAAGAAGCUGUGUUACAUGGUUCCAUUAUCUCUAAAUUAUUUUGGCCUACUCUAAAAAAUGAAGAAUUCAAUGUGCCUAAACCCAUAUCAGAAAACAUGCGGAAAUACGAAAAUGCUUUUCAAAUUUUGAAACCUAGGAGAGAAUUAAAAUGGUUAUCAUCACUCGGAAAGGUUCACGUGGAAUUAGAAUUACAGGAUCGUGUGCUAGAAUUUGAAGUUGCUCCGAUAUAUGCGACAAUCAUUUACCACUUUCAAGAACAAGAUACAUGGGACCUUCGUUCUUUAGCUGAAAAAAUGAAUAUAGAUCCUUCCAAAUUAAAAGGAAAAAUGUGCUUCUGGGAGGAUCGUGGUGUUUUGAAGCUGAUUGAGAAUGAUAAAUGGAUUGUACUUGAAAUUUCCGAAGCUUACCACUGA